AAUUUCAGUUUAGGUUAGUGUUCCUCAGUAUUAAAGCGCGUCAAACAUAUAGGUUGGGCGUAAAAAAGCACGUGGGCAAAUAAAAUUACAAUUUUAUUAUAAUUUUUGACUGAAAAUAACCAUUAUUGUUAUAAAAAAUGGAGCAAGUGACGGUUAAAAUGGAAAUUGACGACAGUAUGAAAGAAGGAGAUGGUGAUGUUAUAGAACUUAGUUACGAAGAAAAAUUGAAAUACACAAAUGCCAUAGCCAAACCUAUGGCUCCAAAGAAGUUAGCAAAAAAGAUUUAUAAAUGUAUAAAAAAAGCUUCAAAACAAAAAACAUAUCUUCGAAAUGGAUUAAAAGAUGUUCAAAAACACCUUCGUAAGGGCGAACAAGGGUUAGUAGUGUUUGCUGGAGACGUUUUUCCUAUAGAAAUUAUGUGUCAUUUACCAAUUGUAUGUGAAGAUAAAAAUAUUCCAUAUUGUUAUACACCUUCAAGGCAAGAUAUCGGUGCUGCAAUGGGUGUAAAAAGAGGCAGUCUUAUGGUUCUUAUUAAAGAACAUUCAGAAUAUAAGGAUCUUUAUGAUGAAAUUAAAUCUGCAAUGGUAACAUUAUCAACUCCAUUAUGAUUUCAUAUUAAUCAUUUACAUUUUUAAUCAUUU